GUCACACCUUUCACUCCUCCACCUCCCCAAAAUGGCCGUUACUCCCAACCUCCGCCUCUUAACGGCGUCGCUGCUGCUCCUUUCGUGCGCGUGGACCUCACUCUCCGUCCAGCUCUGCCCACCCUGCGGCAACACCACCGUCCCCUACCCUCUCAGCACCUCCCCCACCUGCGGUGACCAGUCAUACAAGAUCCGCUGCGACGCCGCCGCGGGCUCCCUCCUCCUCGACACCCUCAACAACUCCUAUCCCAUCGCCUCCAUCUCCCCCUCCGCCCAACGACUCGUCGUACGCCCCUCCAGCUUCGUGUCGUCCAACUCCUGCGUCACGUCGGAUAUCGUCCACCAGGGAAUCCAGCUCAACGACUCCCUCCCCUUCAACGUCACCAGUAGCAAUACCAUCUUGUACCUCAACUGUACGGACACUCUUCUCCGGUCGCCGUUGAACUGCACGUCGUCGAGUCUGUGUCAUACGUAUGUGAACAAUACUAACGCGGUCGGGUCGUGCCAGAGGGCUCCGAUUUGCUGUACGUUUGGGGCGGGAGGGUCGUCGACGGCGUAUAUGAUUCUGGUCAGGGACUCGGGUUGUAGCGCUUAUACGAGUUUUGUGAAUUUGGAUCCGUUUUUGCCCGUGAACCGGUGGCCCGAACCGGGAGUGGAGAUACAGUGGGUGGCGCCGAGGGAGCCGGUGUGUACUGCGCAGUCGGAUUGUGACGGGAAGUCUGUGUGUGGAUCCGACCCGGUUCAGAAUGGGGUGCGGAGGUGCUUCUGUAACUCCGGGUUUACGUGGGACCCCGUUUCAGGGUUUUGCGUUGAUGAUAGUGUUGGUUCAAAGGACAGGACUGGACUAAUAGCAGGUUUGACUUCUGGCAUUGGCGCAUCACUACUUGCAGCCAUCAUUGCCAUUGUACUUUACAAGCGCCACAGGCGCAUCAAAGAAGCUCAAGACCGCCUGACCAAAGAGCGUGAAGCAAUCCUAAAUGCCAAUGGAGGCAGAGCAGCAAAAGUCUUCACCGGAAAAGAUAUUAAAAAGGCAACAAGCAACUUCUCCAGAGACCUCCUCUUAGGUGCUGGUGGAUAUGGUGAAGUCUACAAAGGAACACUCGAAGAUGGCACUGUCGUGGCUGUGAAGAUCGCGAAGAUUGGAAACACGAAAGGCACUGACCAAGUCCUCAAUGAGGUCCGAAUUCUGUGCCAAGUUAACCACAGGAGUCUUGUGCACUUACUCGGUUGUUGUGUGGAGUUAGAGCAGCCUAUUAUGGUUUAUGAGUACAUUGAGAAUGGAACUCUACUUGAGCAUUUCCAAGCUCGAAAAGGUGUUGGUCGAACACCUCUCUCGUGGACUCAACGUCUCCAAAUUGCUCAUGACACUGCUGAGGGUCUUGCUUAUCUCCACUUCUCAGCUGUCCCUCCAAUUUAUCACCGUGACGUCAAGUCUAGUAACAUUCUUCUUGAUAACAAAUUGAAUGCCAAGGUUGCUGAUUUUGGACUAUCACGAUUGGCUCAUACUGAUAUGAGUCACAUUUCAACAUGUGCUCAGGGAACUCUUGGAUACCUUGAUCCUGAAUAUUACAGAAAUUAUCAAUUGACUGAUAAGAGUGAUGUCUACAGCUUUGGUGUGGUGCUGUUGGAGCUGAUGUCCUCGCAGAAAGCUAUAGACUUCAACAGGGACCCCGAUGAUGUGAACCUUGCAGUUUAUGUGCAGAGGCUGAUAGCGGAAGAGAAGUUAAUGGAUGCGAUUGAUCCAAUGCUGAAAGAAGGAGCUACAGCUUUGGAGCUGGACACCAUGAAGGCAUUGGGGUUCUUGGCAUUGGGUUGCUUAGAGGAACGCAGACAGAAUAGGCCUUCGAUGAAAGAAGUUGUGGAGGAGAUUGAGUACAUUACAAGCAUUGCCACAGCAAAGGUCGACGACGACUAAUUCAUAUUUCUAGCUUGUGUUGCACUAGGGAUUAUCAGUUGAUCUAGCCUCUAGGUACAUGUUUGUCUGGUAUGGUUGUUUUUUUUAGCAGCAAUGUAUUAGUGUGUAUAUAGAGGCAAGUGCGGUAUGCUUGGUUUUGUAGUAUUAAUCAGUACAACUUGAGCACCCAAAUAAAGAGGCAUAUUUGCUUUUAAAA